GCCUGAUUCAGAAGCACCAACGUCAGACGACUGACGAAGAUGCUUCCAGCGUUGCCGAGUCGCACGGUGACUCGUCGCUCGACGACUACGAUCUCGACGACGACGAGUUCGACGAUGAAUUUGAGUUCGACGGCGUGGACUCUGACGGGGUUCACGACCGCUCGGGCUCUUCAUCGUCCUUGUUCGGUGGAAUAGCGCGUAAGCGCAGGCGAGUUCAGGUGAUCGAAAAUGACCUGCGAGUCCCCCUCUCCCACGGCUGGAGAAGAGAAGUGAUCAUCAAAGGAAUAACAGCGUGUGGCGU